GUGCUGUUUGCCGCCUCGUCUCUCGCCGAACAUCAGUUUUUCUACGUCAACGAGUUGAAGAACUGGACGGCGGCUCAGAGUUUCUGCAGAGAGCGGUUCGCUGACCUGGUGACCUUAAGCAGCUUGGAGAACGUGACGACGCUGGUCGACAUGACCGACGUGAAGCAGAUGGUCAACGGAGACGCGAAGCAUCGCGCCUGGAUCGGACUGUUGGACGACCCGAACAGCUGGAACUGGUCGCUGUCCGACCCGAACGUGUUUCAGAAUCCGGGAGACUCCAACUUCAGAAACUGGCAGCAAGGACAACCUGACAACAAGCAUCGCCCUGAAGACUGCGUGCGGAUCUACGACGACGGGCUGUGGAACGACUGUCCCUGUGGAAACAACGAAAAGUCUGUGUGCGCCAACGUGAGCGGAGCGGACGUAACGUUUGUCCUCGUUGAGCAGUUAUUCUCCUGGGCCGACGCUCUGGCCAACUGCAGGCAGCAUUACACAGACCUGGCCAUCGCCAGAGACCUGUCAGAGAACAAGAAGAUAAAGCAGGUGAUGCCGCCGGGUCACUACGCCUGGAUCGGGCUGAACAAAAACUCCUUGGCCUGGGUGGACGGAACCAGGCCCGCGUUCACUUACUGGAGAUCAGGGGAGCCGAACAACGACGAAGAGAAAUGCACCAUAGCAAACUUUGAUGACUCUGGAAAGUGGGAGGACUGUCCUUGUGACUGGAACUUCCCGUUCUUUUGUUACGGGGAGCAAAACGUUCUGGUUCCAGUUUCACAGCAAGUGGUGAAGCUGAAGGUGGCGACGCCUUCCUCUCUGGACCUGAACGACGCCGCUCUGCUGGAAGACCUGCUGAUGAAGUUUGGGCAGAAGCUGAAGGACGACGGCGUGGAAGGAGGCGUCAGCCUGAGCUGGAAGGAGCAACCAGAUGGAACGACCUUCCACAAGGAGGGAUGAGGAUGACCUUUGACCUUCAUCUGAAAUGGAUUCCCCUCUCAUCAAGGCUUUUGUUUGCUGUUUUGCUCUUUUCUGAUUUUAUGCAGAAAGCUUGAAUAAAAUAUGUUUGAAUAAAACCGGAACCACUGGACGGGAGGUAGUGACUCUGAUUCUCCAACAGGACGACACUCUGUGGUUUUCUGUUUGUCAAAACUUAACUUCAGUUAUUUAUUCUGUCAUGAGAAAAACUAAUGGAGAUUCAUGUUCAAAAGUCAUAUUUUCACCAUGUUAUUCAUCCAUCUAUAAAUGUCACAAUUUCAGGAUACAAAUGUAGCUCUGAACUGAAUAUUUAGUCAUAAACUAAAUAUCUUCUUAACUAGCUAAAUGUUAGUUUGCAUCAUAAUUUUUAGCUCCAAACUAGUUAGCAGCUGGCUAACUAAACAUCUGGUUUGAAGCUAAAUAGUUAGUGAGUUCGUUAACUAGAUCUUUAGUUUGAAACUUAGCAGUUUAUUUCUUUAAACAGGCAUGUAUUUCAAUCAAUUAUGGAAAUAAAAAAUCAUAAAA